CGGCUCCUCCACGCUUCGGUGACUUUGGAACCCUCGGACAGAGGUUGCCCUUAAACUUGUUCACCUCCUGCUGCACCAUUACACAUACCUGUGUCACUAGGCCUGCACCUCCAGGCCUGAAGAUGCUUAGCUGGCUCUCAGCUAUGGCCCUGGCCCCACCUAUUGGCCUUGGAGUCUCCUCCGAGUCCCUCAACCACCCCCCAGGAGCCCCUAGGGAGCCAGACAUUGAUGGAUGCACAGUUGGUCCUGUAUCUGAAGAGGAGAUAAACAGGCCAGAGGAGCUCCAGGUCUCCUUGGAUCCUCCCGAGUGCACCGAAGGUGGACUGCAGAGUACUCAGCCCACCACCAGCCCUCAGAGACCACCAGUGGCCUCUUCCCAUGAGCACCCAGCUGGGGGCAAACUUCAUGAGCACCCUGUUUCUGGCCUGGAGGUACUGGAGGCUGAACAGGACAGCCUACACCUUUGCCUGUUAGGGCUGGGCCUCCAGCUGCAGGACCUGGAGCAAGGCCUCGGGAUAUGGACAGUGGCCCACAGCAGGAUGGUUCAGCUUCAGGCCGUACAGACAGAGCUACGAGGGGCAGCUGAGCGUGUGGACGCACUACUUGCAUUUGGUGAAGGGCUGGCACAGCGGAGUGAACCCAGGACAUGGGCAUCUCUGGAGCAGAUCCUGAGGGCCCUUGCAGCCCACCGAGACACCAUCUUCCGACGGCUUUGGCAGCUGCAGGCCCAGCUGGUCAGCUACAGCCUGGUGUUUGAGAAGGCCAACAUGCUGGACCAGGACUUGGAAAUUGAGGGGGACUCGGACGGGCCAGGACCUGGUGGGAUCUGGGGGCCCUGGACACCCAGUAACUUUCCUACUCCUGCAGAAUUAGAGUGGGAUCCAGCAGGGGAUGUUGGGGGUCUCGGGCCCUCAGGGCAAAAGCUAUCUCGGAUACCAGGAGCUCCGUGUGAGCUGUGUGGCCACAAGGGCUCCCAGGGCAGCGGACAGGGCCUUGAGGACAUAUUCACGUUGGGGCUCAGCCACCGGAAACACUUAGGUCACAGACGACACUCCCUGCUCAGGACGUCUCAGAACAAGAGGCAGGCAUCUCCCAGUCACCCUGAUGUCAUGGUGGAUGUGGAUCCUGGGGUUUCUACUCCUGCCUCCAAGUGGCUCCUGACCUUCCUCCUCCUCUUCCUUCUGGUGGGUGCUAUGCUGCUGUGGUCCAUGUCAAGUGGCCCCUGCUGCUCUCAUGCCCGACUGUCCAGGACACCCUAUCUGGUGCUCAGCUAUGUCAACGGUCCUCCCCCAGUCUGAACACACAGCCCAAACGUGUGUAAUAUACAUGGUCGCUGUCCAUGGUGGUUGAAUGUAAAAUGUCUCCCAUAGCUUCAAGUGUUUGUGAUUAAGCUUCCUACUCAGUCCCCAGCUGGUGGAGCCUUUUGGGAGGUGGUGCCCCGCUGAAGGAAGUGUGUGGCUAGGGGGUUGAUCUUAGAGUCGAUUAUCCAGCCCUACUGGGUGUUGAGAGCUGACCUCACUCAGAUGACUCCCUCCCUAUGUGGAAUAGUGAUGCCCCAGGUGCUUUUUUCUGCCCUGGUGAAGCUUUCCCUCAAAAGUAAAGCCCAAGGGCUGGAGAGGUGGCAUAGCAGUUGUGGUGCUUGCCUGUAAAGCCAAAGGACCCAGGUUCAAUUCCUCAAGACCUACAUAAGCCAGAUGCAAAG